AUGAUCUGUUACUCAAAUGCGGGAUUCACAGGCCCGUGCUGCCGAGCUGAUUACGAUUUCGAGGCGGAGAAUGACACCGAGUUGGCGUUUAUGGCGGGCGAUAUCAUCCAGCUUAUCAGACAGGUCGACGAGAACUGGUUCGAGGGUCGUCUCAACGGCAAGGUGGGCUUCUUCCCUGUGAACUACGUGGAGGUGCUUGAACCCCUUCCAGACUCGGCCAUCGACCACCCGACGGACUGA